AUGGAUCUCAAGGCUUCCCAGCGCGCCCUGGACAAUCUGAAAUACUACGUGAGCUUAUGCAGAGACGCGGUCAACGAUGUUCGUGACCACUACGAACUUACCCCAAAUGUCACCGUCCAUGGAACUGUUGAAGAGAUUGCGAGUUACACACUCAAGCUCAUAAAUCAGUUCUCCUUCAUUGUUGACACCGACAUUCGCCCAACGUGGACGCAUUACAAUCGGCUGGUUUGUUUAGUCACCGAGCUUUAUUCGACACUUGGCCGAUCAGACAAGAAGACGACGGCUAAGGAACUUCGGGAUAUCCUGAAAGACUGGACCUACAAGUUCGAUCGUUAUUGGUUUCUGUUUGCUAUCUAUGUUGAUGACCCUACCUCGUUGAUCCGGUGCCUACCCGACCACACCUCGAAUGACCAGCCCACGACCCAUGCUCGACCUCUCGAUGGCUAUAACGCCAUUCGCAACUCAACUCUCCAACUGUAUAGCCAACACCGAGGAACGGAUAUCAUUAUCGACGGACACGGAUUGGUUGUGAAUCACGAGGAUCCGCCUUUGUCGAACAGAUUUCCUGAGGGAAGCGGCCUUUUCAACCGGCUCAGAAACGCCGCGGCCCUUUCGUCGUCUCUAAUGAAUGCCAUCGAUGUCCUACCAGUCGGCCAUCAAACGCCUACGCCCCUGGUCUUCGAGACAGAGAUGAAAGUGAAGAACUGCGACACCCUUCGAACGGCGCUGUGGAAGCAACAACUUGUCAUACCUGUGGAGAAUGCAGAGUUUGCUUACGGCCUUGCCGAGGCUGUCCAUGGCCUGCAUGUUUGCAACGUACAGCAUGGAAGCAUCAUGCCCGAUUGUGUCCUAGUCGCCUCAGCCACCAAGCCCCUCCUCCACGGAUUUCUCUGCGACCCGUCUGCUGACUGGGGAUGGAAUACAUCAGACGGAACUUGCAAUUUCAACGGAUACUACCAUAUGGAUCGACGUGGUGAGAGGACUAUGAAGAAGGACAUCCGAAAUCUUGGUAUUUGCCUCCUUGAGCUUGGCUCCACCAACUCCUUUCUCAAGAAGCAGGAUGAAAGCCCUCAGCGCGGAGUACUGUGGACCGUUGACCCCGCGAACGAUUCACUUCUCAGACCAUCCGAGUUAUCGACGGAGGGUCUGCUUGGCCUUGUAGAUAGUGAACUUGAUGAUCUCGGACACCGCUUCAGCGAAGUCGUCCGUGCAUGUCUAACUGUAAGCGACUUACAUCUUGGAGAGCAAACCUUUGAUGAAAAGGUGGAUCUGAGUAUCUGGUUCAUUGAUCACGUGCUGUUCGAGCUGCGCAAGGUGGAUGUUAACUAUGAGGAGAUGCCUCUCCAGUACGAAUGA